GGGUGCUGUCCAGGGGCCACGCCUUCUGUCUUCGGCAGGGACAACGGCUUCUUUCCGCAACAGCUUCAGACUGGCGAUGCAACUUACUCCGCUCAUUCCCAAUGCAGGUUUUGAGGAGGCCGAUUUGAUCUUGCGGUAGCUACGUUAGUUAUGGCGCGUCACUCUCUUGUGCAGCGCGUUGCGUCGCCCAUCCAGUCUGUUGCUCCACUUGCGCCUAAGAAGCCCACCUGGGUUUAUAGACAUGCAGGCCCUAGCAAAUCGACCUACAUCCGAUCCGGCCGCUAUUGGAGGUUGCCAGAUGAUGUCAUUGCGAAGCUGCACAUCAAGAGCUCAGAUUUCAGCGAUCUGUACCGAUUCUUCUACGAACCCACGUUUACAUUCGACUACAGCGUCAACUAUCUGAAAACGAAACAAGACCUGUGCAUGUAUUACUUUGCUUAUGCUCAGCAUACUUGUAAACAUCGAAUCCUGGAAUCCAAUCUACGACGAACGCGGGAACGACUUGAUCGCGCGGUCACACCAGAGCGGAAAGUGCUGUCUUAUCUGUGUGCUUUUUACGAACGCGAGCUUGAGGCAUCAAGGUCUCUUGAUCCGUUCCGAAGAUUCGUAGCCGCACAAGCUAUUAUGGAUGGUUGCCUCAGCACCGUUACAAAUCUAUGGUCGGGUAGUGCUCGAGAGCGAGUGCUACAUCUUCAAAGCAGUAUGAACCAGGUGUCCUUCCAUACAGAAAGCAUUCUGAAUGAGAUCAUGCUGUCUCGUGCACCUCUCAUUCAUGCCGGACAACGCUAUGAUAUCCAUAUGCAGAAAUUCCACGAAGUCUUCCAACACCAUCGCACACUGCUACAAAAGACGAACAAUGAUAGGAAGCACGCGAAACUGCAAGCAAAGAAAGAGAUUGGCGGUCAACACAGAUUUAGAUUCAGCGCCCACUCCGAAUUAACACGCAUCACGCAGCAGAAACAGCUGAUGAGACUCGAAAACUCCACGCUCGAGGCGCUGCGUAGCCUCGCGCACGAAGAACCCAACAUGUGGCCAGCACUUGCUGUUUUUGCUUCUACUACCUAUCAGACUCAUUUUCGCGCUUUGAAACUUCUCGGCCAGUUUUUGACCCAGAACUAUCGGUACGCCACAAGAAAUUCUAUUUCAGACUCCGAAUUCAGGUUCAGGUUUUCAUUGUGGGUCAAAAUGCAAACUUGCUAUGCACGGCUGUGCGUUUUGAAAUCGGAACUCGACCACUUACGUUUCGGGUUUUAUGAGCUUUCACUGUUUCGUACGAUGCACACGGACCUGGUGCUUCCCGCAGGCAUCAUCAAGAGAAGCCAAGAUAUAGUGGCUUUGAGAAUCAACUCUGAACGAGCGGCAACAAUCAACGAUUGGGCCAUAGCAGAAAAGUUCACGAAGAGCAACGAGCAGCAUCGGAUUCUUCCCCAUAUAAAACGUCUCCCACUCCAGCUACAACACAAAUUGGAGCCAAAGAACCUUCAACGAAGCGGUCUUUUUAGGCUCCUUCGGGAAAGCGGUCUUUUUGAAGGUCACAAAAGGGCAAGUCUCCCGCACAAAGGGCGCACGCGGACACAACCCAUUCAGCAUCCGACGGGGCUCAAGCACACGGAUUGAUCGGACCAGUGGGUCAAGCAAGCGCACUCAUCAUCGAGGAUAGUCCAAGGUCCAAGGGAUUUCCUUCCGGACGCAACUCUCACCACUCGUGGCCAACCAAUAGAUUCUCCACUGACCAGGCGCUU